CAAAACUAUAAAGAAUUGCUAACAAAAUAGUAAUCCACAUUCCACAACACGCCCACUUGAAAGGCUAAAGCCAAAGUCUUCCAUUCAAAAACACUCCAAAAACGCGCACUCUCGCUUUAUUCCCUCCCACCCUUCUCUUCUCAAUUUCAUUUUCCUAUACAAAACUUCAACUUCUCGCGAUUUUAUGAUAGUUUUAGCCAAGAAGAAACAGAAAUCAGAUGGAUUCAGCUGCUUUGGAUGAUAUAAUCAAUCGACUGCUUGAGGUCAAAGGGAGGCCUGGGAAACAAGUGCAGCUGUCGGAGUCGGAGAUGAGAAAGCUUUGUUUCCAAUCGAAAGAAAUUCUCCUGCACCAGCCUAAUCUUCUUGAGCUUGAAGCACCCAUUAAAAUCUGUGGGGAUAUUCAUGGCCAAUAUUCUGAUCUUCUUAGACUUUUCGAAUAUGGCGGGUCACCCCCAAAAUCAAACUACUUGUUCCUGGGGGAUUAUGUGGAUCGGGGGAAGCAAAGCCUGGAAACAAUCUGCCUCAUGCUUGCUUAUAAGAUAAAGUACCCUGAAAACUUUUUCUUACUGCGGGGCAACCACGAAUGUGCAUCAGUCAACCGCAUAUAUGGAUUUUAUGAUGAAUGCAAAAGACGGUUUAACGUAAGACUAUGGAAAGUGUUUACGGACUGUUUUAACUGUUUACCUGUUGCGGCCCUAAUUGAUGGGAAGAUACUGUGUAUGCACGGAGGGCUAUCUCCGGACCUCGAUAAUUUGGAUCAAAUCAGAAAUUUACAGCGUCCUGCCGACGUCCCUGAAACUGGUUUACUAUGCGAUUUGUUAUGGUCCGAUCCUAGCAGAGAUGUUAGAGGGUGGGGGGUAAAUGAUAGGGGAGUGUCAUAUACUUUUGGUGCUGAGACGGUCAAGGAAUUUCUUCAAAAGCAUGAUCUUGACCUUAUUUGUCGUGCCCACCAGGUAGUUGAAGAUGGAUAUGAGUUCUUUGCUGACAGACAACUUGUGACAAUAUUCUCGGCCCCAAAUUACUGUGGAGAUUUUGACAAUGCUGGUGCGAUGAUGAGCGUGGAUGAGUCUUUGAUGUGCUCAUUUCAAAUUUUAAGGCCUGCAGAAAAGAAGCCCAAAUUUGCAUUUGGGAGCACUACUACAGCUAAGCUGGGGACUCCUCUAAUGAAAACAAAGGUAGUCUCCAAAUCACAACAGCUUAAGGGACUUCACCCGUAGGCACAAUUGCAUUCUCUUUUAGUCGUUAACUCAACCUUAUCUUAAUAGAAUGUUGAUAAAGAAUUAAAAACCACAGGUAUUAGGAUCCCAUUUUAGAGAAGCAAAUAACCUGUUCUGGUAUUUAUGCUUUACUUCUUGUAUGUAAUUUUAGGUUGUUUAUCCCGUUUCAUACAAUUCGAAGAAGCUGAUCUUUUCGUGUUAGCCAUAAGUUUUGUUCUGGCCUGCUCUUUACUUUCAAUCGCUAUCGGACUAAAUCUCUAGUUAUUGUUUAUCAUUGCAGUCAUUUCUUGGUGCUAGAAUAGGAUGACCUCAACCAGCUUAGGAGGAUUGAUGAAAGUCUGAUGCUCGACAAUAAUGAUCAAAGACAUCGCUGAAGUGUUAAGGGCGAUCUGUUAUGUGGGAAACAAGCCGAAGAUGCAUAUAAAAGAUCUCUUCCAUGGAGAAACUGUGAAAAUUGUAAUAGCUUGUACGUAAUGUAUGAUUUUUCGGGCAAUCAGAUGAUGAUGAAUGAUUUGUCCACCAAAGAUUUUCUGACCUUGUGGAUCCUUCACUCAGUAAUGGAAAGGUAAACCAUUUUGUUUGCGCAAUUUUUUUUGGUGUCUGUAUAUUGUAUAGUGAUUUUAGCUUUUUAGUUUCUUGCAAAUUGGUGUACAAGGGAAGGAAGAGCCCAUGAUUUGUUGUUUAUAUAUCAAUUGUGCCUGUUGUACGUUGAUAUCAAUGGGUAUUGGUUGCUAUUUGAUAUUUCAUGGAUGAUAAUAUAUAAGGUCCAAGCCUAUGGUAGGAUUUUGACUA